ACAGGUAUACGCAGUAUCGUUUCCCCAAUUGGGUCCAGUUGUUUUCUUGUAAAAUGCCCAUUAAAACAGAAUUCCAAGUUUCUUUCUUCGUGUGCAAGAAGCUAAAUUCUUGUAACAGCUAACCCGGGAAUUGGGAAAAAUGAAUUUGGGUUUCAGUUCUUUGGUGUUGAAAUGGUCAACCAAUUCAAAGUCCGAAUUUUUGUUCGUCCGGUCUUAUUUACUUUCAUUAUUUUCUAUACGCAAAGGGGAGUGGGAUGGACGAAAGUUGGAGAGACUGAAUCACACUCUGAGUUAGAUGGGUGAAUCGAAUGAAGAUAUCUGUGAUCAAGAACAGAGGCCUCCUAGUUCAAAUUCAUUGGGGUGUGUUUCUUGCACUACUUUCAAUAUUCUUGCUCCAAUUUACAAGCGAUUGGACGAUCAGCACUGCGAGAGUGAGUUCCACGAACUUUGGCUAAACCGGAAUGAGAGCAUACUGGAUAGGCUGCUUGAUUUAGGAUCCUCAAUUAUAUGUUUACAGGAAUUCUGGGUUCAAAAUGAAGAACUUGUGAGGAUGUAUGAGAAGAGACUUGGAGAUGCUGGCUAUCAGACUUUUAAACUUCCGCGUACCAAUAACCGAGGAGAUGGUCUGCUUACAGCAGUUUUCCAGACCCAAUUCAAUGUUGUGAAUCACCAAGAAUUUCGAUUUAAUGAUAUUGGUGAUCGUGUAUCCCAGCUUCUACAUGUUGAGUUACUUGAUCAUUCUUCUCCCAACCAACCCACUAAGAUGGAGAAGCAAGUUCUUGUUGUCAAUACUCACUUAAUUUUCCCGCACGAUUCGAGUUAUUGCUUUGUCAGGUUGCAACAGGUAUACAAGAUUUUACAAUACAUAGAUCAAUACUGUCAAGAAAACCAGCUCCCACCUCUUCCAGUCAUUUUAUGCGGGGAUUGGAAUGGAAGUAAGAAGGGGAAUGUAUAUAAGUUUCUGCAAUCACAAGGUUUCGUCUCAGCCUAUGAUAUUGCUCAUCCAUGCACCAAUGGCAGUGAAGAUUUCUCUAAGUGGAUUAGCCAUCGUAACCAUAGAGGCAAUAUGUGCGGUGUAGAUUUUAUUUUGCUUCGCAAUCCCAGCAAAUAUCGGAAGCCGCUAAAAGAAAGCUUGAUGGAAGCAGUUCUUGGGAACAUCAAUAACCUGUCACUAAAAUUGUCUCCAGAGGCCAUCGGCCCAUUACACCUUCUUGAAGCUGAUGGCAGUCACAUAAACUAUUCUCAGUUCUUGCAAACUCUAGCUCAGUUGGGCUUAAGCGGUCACUCUGAAGAUUGUAUAGGUACCAAAGACAUAAGAGAGUUAUGGGAACAGAUAGAUACAGAUGGGGAUGGUGUGAUUGAUAUAUCAGACUUUUCUGCAAGAAACUCAUGUGGUCUCGUGCAGCAAAAUGAAGACAGUGAAGAAAAUACUGCAACUGAAAUCCGUUUCAAUGUUAGCAAAGCGAUGUUGUUUCCUUCGGAGGUUGAAAGAGGCAUAUGGCCUGGUGAUUAUUCCCUAUCCGAUCAUGCCCAGUUGACUGUGGUGUUCUCCCCAGUGCAGUAACAUAGUUUUUUUGUUUUUUCCCCGACUUUCUGUUGAUAAAAUUUUGCUGGCCUUAUCUACGAAUAGAAGUUUAUGAAGCUUAUGUUUUUUCUUCGCGGGGUAAAUGAAGAAUUUCUGGGGUCAUAGAUUUGUAUAGGCAUGUAUGUAUGAAACAAAAAGAAAAUAGUUGAGGAACCGAAGAUAAAUUUAUUUAGGUGCUUCUCGAUCUUCAA